ACUCACAGACACCAUUUUACCAUUUUACGGGCUAGUGUAAGUGUGUCGAUGAUCGGCUUCUGACCGACACACUCGCAAUAAUUCGAGGUUCGAUAAUUUCAGAUCCUAACCAACAACCGAGUGAUUAUAAAAUUUUUUACAUUACUUAUUACAAUUUAAUUGUAAGAGGUUUGAGUUGACUCAAACAUGGCAUCGUUGACGGGCGUCAGAAUUCUCACUCACAAUAUCAGCUCGGGUGUUAAAAAAUUUUCAUUCCUCAACGGAAGGAGAUUCGGAGCUGUUGCCAAUUUAGCACGAACACAGAGGUUCCAUUUACAAGCAAAUGGUUGUAAGUUUGUUGCACCAGUCUGUUCUCAGGGGCCACGAGUCGAGCAGGCACGAUGGUACAGCGGUAGACCACCCUUGACACUCAAUGUCAUUCGUGAAAGAGUACUCUUGGUCCUCAAACUUUAUGACAAAGUUGACCCAUCCAAGCUGACUCUGGACUCGCAUUUUAUGAACGACCUGGGCCUUGACUCCCUGGACCACGUGGAGGUGAUUAUGGCCAUUGAGGAUGAGUUUGGCUUCGAGAUCCCGGACAUGGAUGCCGAGAAACUGAUGAAGCCCGGUGAUAUUGUACGCUACGUCGCAGACAGAGAAGACAUCUACGAAUAGAUGAGCUACUGCGUCUCCAUCGACUAACUAUAUAAUUUUUAAUUAUUUAAAAUUACUUAGUACGUAUAUCAUCAUUGUUUUCAUUAUUUUUUCUGUAAAUAGUUGAAAAACGUUUCGCUGUAUGAAUAUUAAUAAAUAUCGAUACUACGAAACGAUCAGAAUACUAA